AUGGCCGCCGGGGAGGGCGGCGCCGCCGCCGGCCGCAGCUUAGAGGAGCUCCACCCCGACGUGGUGACGAGCGUCCUGCGGCUGCUGGAUGGGCGGAGCCUCGCCGCCGCGAGCUGCAGCGCGCCGCUGCUCCGGGCCCUCUCCGUGCAGCCUCACCUGUGGGAGAGCCUGUGCCUCCGCGCGUGGCCAUCGCUCCACCACCACCGCCUCCGGAGCCUCCUCCCCUGCUUCCCUCAUUCCCACCGGAGCUUCUUCAGCGACGCCUACCCUUACCCCCACCCCGGCAGCGCCGCCGUGCCCUCCCCGGAGCCGCCGCCGGCGGCGCUGGUGUGGGCCGUGGAUCUUUUCCACGGCGGGGAGCCCCUCCUGUCGAGGGUCAUGGAGACGGACCCCCAGGGGGCCUGGUUCCUCGGCUCCCCGCUCCGCAUCGACGCCCUCGACCGCAAGGCGGCUGCGGCGGCGGCGGCGGCGCCGGCCGCGGCGGUGAUCUCCCCGGAGAGCCUGGAGCUGAGCUGGGUGGUGAUCGACCCGGCGCGGCGGAGAGCUGCCAAUCUCUCGAGCCGGCGACCCGUGUCCGUGAAACGUCACUGGUACACCGGUGAGAUCCACCUCCGCUUCGCCGUCGUGCUCGGGGAGGACGGCGCCGCCGCCGCGGUGGCAUCUGUCACCUGCGGGAGCGGUGGCGCCACCACCAUGCUGCAGUUGCGGGAGGUGAGCCUGACGGUGGAGGACGCCGACGGGAAGUGCCUCACCGGCAGGCACAGCCUCGUGCUGCUGCUGGGGGCUCUGGAGGGGGGGAGGAGGAGCACCGGCGAGGAGGCUCGCCGGCGCUACGCAGAUUACCUGGCGAGGAGGAGGGAGAGGAAGGAGAAGAGGAUCAGAGAGGAGGCGCAGCUGAACCUGCGCUGCGUCCUCUCCGGCGUCUCCCUCUUCCUCGCCGCCAUCGCCACCCUCGCCGGCCUCAAGCAAGACUGCUCCGCCCGCUUCCUCUUCCCCUGUUCGGCCUGA